UUCGGAAAGAAGCGACUAUAAAGGCAAAGGCCGACUUCCAUCGGCAGACACUCACUCACAAGUGGCCACUGUGAACACCCACGAGCAACAAUGAAGUUCCUGGCAAUUGUGCUCUUGGCUGUUUCCGCUUGCGCUACUGAGAUUGAGAAGCGAGAGGCAGAUCCAUCCCACGGCUAUUAUAGUCCUUCCUAUGGCUAUGGUUAUGGCUACCCCUAUGGGUACCGUAGCUACUACCCGGUAAGCUACAGUUACGUGCACCGCCAUCACAAGAGGUCUGCUGAUCCAGCGCCAGAGGCUGAGGCUUCCUACUACUAUGGAUACUACCCUGUCUACCAUCCUCAUGGUCACCACUACGCAAAGAGGUCUGCUGAGCCUUCCCAUGUCUAUGGCUACUAUGGCUAUCCUCGUCCAUACUAUUACAACCCUUCCUACUACUAUGGUUAAGGAGGAAGGUUACCCCUGAUUUCCCUGGAGCAUAAAUGUGGAUUUUCUGCUGUUGCUAGUCACGAGUGAUUUCAAUAAAGAAAUACAAUACAAACUAACACUGCAAAUUGAA